AUGUUAUGGAGAUAUUUCUUGCGUAAAAACACUCUUAUAAAAGACUUAAGAUCUAUAAGACAUUGUAAUUAUACUACUGAAGCUCGAACAGGUCAUGAUUUUGUGUUGGAACAGGAAAUUAUAAAAAAACAUGCUGGAAAAACAGCAGAUUUAUGGAAAAAAAUAACGAUUUUUGUUUGUAUUCCGGCAUUAUUGAUAACCUCUUUAAACGCUUAUCAAUUAUAUACUAAGCAUCAUUCUAAACUUUCCCAUGAAUUGGAGGAGAAGGAAAAUGAUUCGACACCAGAAUAUCCGUAUCAAAAUAUUCGAACUAAAAGGUUUUUCUGGGGCGAUGGGGAUAAGACAUUAUUUUGGAAUGAUCGUGUAAAUAAACAUAAAAUCUCGAGUUAG